GUGUAUCAUACAAGAUGAUCCGGAAGACUGGCAGAGAGAGGCUGCUCGUAUGCGAGAAGUCUAUAGUCAGGCCGUAUGUUGCAUUGCGGCCUCCGCCGCUCAGAAUAGUGAUGCCGGUCUCUUCUUCAACAGAGAUCCGCAAGCCCUUUUAUCUAUGCGAGUUGAAACCAGCAGGGAUCGCCUUUAUGGACAGAACACGAGAGAACCCCUAGUGGCCUAUACAGUUAUUCCUGAUGUGAACACGCCUGAACAGAUCCUCAAUACUGCACCUUUGAACAAAAGAGCAUGGGUUGCGCAGGAACGUUACCUGAGUACCGGAAUCUUCCAUUUCACGCAGGAGUUGAUCUACUGGGAAUGCCAUGAGGAAUUGACUAGCGAACAAAAUCCAGGCCACAACUACCAUUCUGAGAGAAGAUCUUAUUCGCCCGAUGGCUUCAUAGGCCGAGGCUUGAAAUGGUGGGUCAACGAUUACAAAAUUAAGAUGAUCCCCAAAACCUCAGGCACGAUCGAAACAGACCUUGAUUACUUAUUCAGAAUUUACGAAUACUGGUGUGCUUUCAGACGCAGUUACUCUGGACUUGCCCUGACCAUGGCAAAAGAUAUACUCGUUGCAUUGAACGGUGUCGCACAGGAUGUCGCUGGAGCGAUGAACGACACCCUGGUCGCUGGCUUGUGGCGAGGUCGCUUCAUCGAAGACAUGUGCUGGGCACGAAAGCCGAUCCGAAUCAGUUCAUACUCAGCCGAAAAAGCCCUGAGGUCUAAUGUUUGGCGUGCACCAACCUGGAGUUGGGCGAGUAUCAGCCAUCCUGUAGAGCGCUGGGUACCGUGGUCUGGUAUCAAUAGAAAGUCAAAACCAGCUUACGACAUGGCUGCGAUCGAGACUUUACUUGUAGACCAAAGGCCUUCUGGAGAGCUCGUUCACGCUUCCAUGACAUUGAGAUGUCGCCCAAUAUUGAUAUUUCCGCCAGAGUCGGCUGCUUCAACGUGGGAGCCAUACGAUAAUACUAUGAUCCUUGACGAUACUACGAAAUGGGACCUAGAUGACUUAGGUUGCGAAGUCAGUCUAGUCGUCCUUCGCCAUUGCUGCUACGGAUCAGUGGGAGAAGGAUAUGUACAGGCCAUCUUGAUUACACCAAGCCGGACUCAAAGUGGGAGCUACGAACGCGUCGGUUCUUUUGCCAUCGAGGCAGACUCUAGAAUGCUCAUCUAUACAGAUUUCGAUAAGAAGACGCCUAUACUGCGCAGUAUUCUUGACGGAUACCAUAAAACACAAGAAACAAUGAUCGACCUCGUAUGA